AUGGCCGCCAACAGCAAGCUCUUCACGCCCUUUAAGGUUGGCUCGUCCCAGCUCGAGCACCGCAUUGCCAUGGCUCCUCUUACUCGGUUCCGUGCCGACGACAACCACGUCCCGUUGCCAGUAGUGGCCGAGUACUACGCUCAGCGCGCCGUUGUGCCGGGGACCCUUCUCAUCUCUGAAGCCACCAUCAUCUCGCCACGAGCUGGCGGUUAUCCUAACGUGCCUCACAUUCACACCGAAGAGCAGGUGACCGGCUGGAAGAAGGUCACGGAUGCGGUUCACGCUAAGGGCUCGAAGAUCUGGCUCCAGCUCUGGGCGCUUGGCCGGGCCGCAAACCCCCAAGUCCUGGAGCAGGAGGGCCUGAAGGACCAGUUCGUCAGCGCUAGUGCCGUUCCCAUGAGCGACGACUCGCCCGCUCCGCGUCCGUUGACCGACGAGGAGAUCGUGUCGUACAUUCAGGACUAUGCGCAGGCCGCCAAGAACGCCGUGGAGAAGGCUGGAUUCGACGGCGUUGAAAUCCACGGCGCUAAUGGCUACCUGAUCGACCAGUUCAACCAGGAUACGUCCAACAAGAGAACGGAUAGAUGGGGAGGCAGUGUGGAGAACCGGGCUCGUUUUGCGCUGGAAGUUUCAAAGGCCGUUUCGCAGGCCGUCGGGGCGGAUAAGACCGGUAUCAGAUUGAGUCCGUGGAGCACGUUCCAGGGUAUGAGAAUGGAGGACCCUGUUCCGCAGUUCACCCACAUCAUCAAGGGGCUGAAGGAGCUGGACCUUGCCUACAUCCAUCUGGUGGAAUCCAGGGUGUCUGGCAACGCCGACAUCGAGGCUUCAGACCGUCUGGAUUUCGCGCUGGAAGCUUGGGGUAAGGAGAAGCCCGUGCUGAUCGCUGGUGGGCUGAAGCCGGCGUCUGCCACAAAACUGGUCGACGAGGAGUACAAGGAGUACAAUGUGGGUGUCGUGUUUGGCCGCUACUUCAUCUCGACGCCGGACAUUGUAUACCGCAUCAAGAAGGGCAUCGAGCUGACGCCGUACGACCGGGACACGUUCUACAAGGCGAAGGCGGCCGAGGGAUACAUCGAUUACCCGUUCUCGAAGGAGUUUGAGGCAGAGCAGUAG